AACCACUUUCGAUUUCGCCACUGGCCCCGUUUCCAAACAAGAAACGCUUGCUCUCGUACAAUAGCAAACACCCGAGGCAAAUAAAAAUACGGCGUAGGAGAAAGUACCUCCGUCUCGCUAUUCGUUCUGCACACACCUAACACAUCACGAGCCUUCUCAACACGUUGCGAAACAUGGAGAUUAACCUUUAUUUAUCGUUGAUCUUCACCUUGAUACUUGCAUCCCGUGCGUACGACCCCACUGAUCCAGAAGUGAGCUCGGUACUGCCUCCAAGAGGUACUUUCGAAGCCUUUUACCCUAGAGGAGAAGAGACGGGAUCGUCAAGAGCUGCCCACUCUCAUGGGACCUUCUACAAACAUCGCAAUCCUGCCCUGGUUGACGCCAAAAAUUCGGCAGCGUAUGGAUUCAGGUUCGACGGGGGAAGAAGAUUCAAUUAUGAAUGAUGAUGUUAAUGUGUCAAUGUAGAUUUGGAAAUAAAUAGUUGAAGAAUA